GUUAUAAGUGGCUGAGUGCUGGAGACCCACUUCCUGCCCUUCGCUCGUCGUGACAACAUGGCUCACGGCACCUUCGCUCGUCUGCUCUUCGUCUUCCUUCUCAAGGGAGUGGAACCGAACCCGGCAAAUGAUGGCGAAGUUUUGGACCAAGUGCUUCCAGCCACCCAGUUCUUGGCGCCUCUCACGUCAGCCAAAGACGACCCAGUCCCUGGCUCAUCGUUCACGAGUGGUGGGCGACAGGCAAGGUCGUGUGAUUACUCGCAGUUCGCUGAGGAUCACACCAUGACUCUCCAGCCCAACCUGGCGUGCUUGGUCAGUAGGACUGGGGUCACGGCCGACGAGCAGGUCCAGAUUCUCACGGCCCACAAUAACUUCAGGGCUAAGGUCGCGAGAGGGGAGGAAGUCCUUGGUGAUGCAGGUCCUCAGCCUUCAGGCGCCAACAUUAGGGAGGUGGUGUGGAACGAUGAGCUGGCCCAGGUGGCACAGGCGUGGGCUAGCCAGUGCCCGACGGGCCACGAUACUUACAACCAAAGAAGAAUCUGUUCCAGAAGCUAUUUCGUCGGUCAGAACAUAUACUUUCAGUGGAGCACGAAUCCAGCAUCAGUGUGGGAGAAAGCGGUACAGGCCUGGUAUAAUGAAGUGCAAUAUAUGCCCAAUACCAAUGUUGCAGCAUUCAGCUCCAGAGUACCAUCUGGCAAAGCCAUAGGACACUAUACACAGGUGGUAUGGGGUACCACGUAUGAGAUUGGGUGUGGAGCUGUGUACUACACCGACACCCGCUGGGGCUACACCUUCACCCAAAGUAAAACCUACGUGUGUAACUAUGGGCCUGCAGGCAACUUCCUCGGCAGCCCUGUGUAUGAAGCGGGUGUAGCGGCUUCGCUGUGUCCUGGUACACCUUCUCUGAAUUACACUGGGCUGUGUAAUUGAUGUCUACAGUCCACCUGUGUGCUCAGACCAACUCACCGAGCACAGAGACUCUGCUUGUAAGAGAUAUCAACUAACUCUACACCAGACACUUCAGUUAAAUUUAUUCUGAAAAAACGUUAAACUGGAGUUAAUAAUUUGCAUAAUUUAAAUUAAUUUGGUGGAAUGAUGAAUUGCUUCAUUUGAAGUUGAGUAAAACAUAAUUGAAAAAUGAGAAAUAAAAUCAUAUUCUUCA